CAAUGUAUCCCGAAGUUACAGUAGCUGCCACGUAAAUCAAUCAGAGAAAGAAAGAAUUCACAAUGCAGUCGGGAAUUGCAGCCUCCGCCGAGCUCGUAGCAGCCUUCAACAACCUCGUGGCAUCUCCCAGCCAGCGUGGACUACUGGUCAAAAUCGACAAGGAGAAGCUCAUUCCUGGACCCGCCAUCGAGCCCUCCACUUCCGACUUCUUCAAUGAUCUAGAGCUUCUUGCUCCCCACGUCACGGACAAGGAAGCGGCAUACAUAAUAUUACGCCGCUACCCCGAUGACAGCGACAGCUUCAUCGCCGUGACUUACGUCCCCGAUGCCGCGCCCGUGAGACAAAAGAUGCUCUUUGCAUCCACUCGCCUCACUUUAAUUCGCGAAUUAGGAAUCGAAAGAUUUAGGGAGACCAUUUUCGCGACAACGAAGGCGGAGUUGACGGCGGAUGGGUUCAGGAAGCACGAUAAGCAUGUUGAGUUAGAAGCGCCCUUGACGGAAGAGGAGCUGGCGCUGGGCGCAGUAAAGAGGGCAGAGUCUGAGGAGGGCAGAGGAUCAAAUGUUAAGAGAAGCCACAUUAGUGACCACUUUGCAAUGCCAAUAUCUGACGAUGCUCUGGGCGCCUUGAAGAAGUUGGGGGACUCUGCGGGUGGAGAUAACCUUGUCCAACUGAAAAUCAAUAUUGCCUCCGAAACGAUCGAGUUGGCGUCCACAUCCUCCGCUACAUUGCCGGAACUAUCUACUGUCAUCUCUUCCACCGAGCCCCGGUUCUCCUUCUUCAACCACAGCCAUGAUGUUCCCAAUGGCUCUCCCUCAACCUCUAUAAUCUUCAUAUACACUUGUCCCGGCGCCAGCAAGAUCAAGGAACGAAUGCUUUACGCCAGUUCGCGACAGGGCGUUAUCGCUGUCGCGGAGAAGGGAGCGGCCUUGAAGGUCGUCAAGAAGAUUGAAGCAAGCGACCCAGAUGAGCUUAGCCCGGAGAGUAUCGAGGAGGAGUUCAAGCCGAAGGUGGAGACUAAGAAGGCAUUUGAUAGACCGAAGAGGCCGGGAAGGAGAUGAGGUUCAUAGGGAAUGACCACGGGUUAGAAUUUCUUGGAACAUAUACUUCACUUCAUAGAGAAACUGUAUGUUAACCAUAGCACAACAGUUGUAGACCUAAGUAGUGACCACGAAUCAAAAGUUGCUGUGGAUGUUUAUACCAAAG